UUAAAAAAUGAGAAUAAUAGGAACCAAACGCCCACCAAAGCAGACUUAGAAGAAGAAGAAGGAAGAGAGAGAAGGCAAAACACUGUCGAGUUCGUCGGAGGCGGCCAAUCGUCGGGUUUUGAAACUAUGAACUGGAUUCAGCGCAAGAUCUAUCUUUACAACGUUACCUUUGGACUUUACAUGUUGGAUUGGUGGGAGCGAUAUCUUUUCAACACUUUGGUGAUUGUCUUGAUGUGGUUCAUGUUAUACAAUGGCUCACGAGUUGCAACUGAGUUUUGCAAAAGAAUCUACAAAAAUCAUUUUGAGAGCUUUGUUGAACUUAAAGUUUUUAAGCUGGCAUCUUUGAUGAAGCUCGAAGUAGCACGUUACUUGCACCCUGAAUAAAAGGGUCUACCAUUGAAGUUUGCCUGCAGCGUCUCACACUGAUUUGGAUUUAUUCUGACUUUCACAUGGUUGUAUUGUGAAUCGGAGUAAUGUUACUCAUCCUGUGUCUCAGCAGUGCAAUUCUCAUGGAUUUUAGAGAUGUAAUUAUUGUCUCUUGCGUCGGACCGAAUUGUUGUAUUGGAAAUGAUUGAUAUUUUUGAACUAGGCAGCACAGGUUGUAAUGCAGGUAUUUAAUUAUGUUCUGCUUCCCAGUUUUGGUAAAGAUACGCUGAAAAUUAGUUGUGAACAGAAAUGUUCCCCAUAAGGACAUUGGUCCUUAGAAACAAUGGUAAGUAAAUAUAAAUUUUGAUCCUUCAGGUUUCUUAAAAA